AUGGACGAAAUGGGUGCCCAAAAGCCUUUGGGGGUGAACAUUGCUAUCUUGAACAAGCACAUUCCAAAUAAAUCGCCUUACAAGCGCUCAAGAGCUAGGAAAACGUUGGAUCGUUCCGAGAUCAGAAACAAAGGCAGACUCAGAUACAAAAAUGAUAUACAAGAGCUAGAGUUCCUAGAUUCCAUGGAUACCUCUGGCGACACUGCCCAACAAGCUCAGCAACAAGUCCAACAACACCAACACCACCAUAUCUCGCACUCUUUACCACCGGACUAUGACGAUUUACAAUUUCAAAUGCAAGAGCAGCAACUGCAGCUGCAACUGCAGCUGCAACACAACUAUUAUUCAUCUUCUCCGCUACACCAGCAACAGGUCGACCACUCGAUAACGCCGCUGCUCCCUCCAAGACCAGACGUAAACUCCUCCAUGCUCGUCUUCAACUCAGCCCAUUACCACAACUCGUCGCCCCACUCGCCAGUCCCCAUUGUGUCAGGAUUCCCAUCCUAUUUCAAUCCUAGACAGGCAAGAAACAUGCCCCACAGCGAAAAGGUAGAGCGUUGGAUGGAAAACCUACCAGUAUUCUUCGAGGAAUCGACCCAGCUAACCCACACGGACUGUUUCAACGCCGCUGAAGACUCUGACUUCUGGGAGGAAGACGAAUUCGACAAUGGCAUGGAUGAUUCGAUAGUACUCACAAAUUCCGUCGAAAUCAUCUUCCUACAACAACGAAGAAUCACUUCCUUGAUAAACAGGCUAUAUAACACGAAUACAUAG